AGUAUAUUUGCAGGGAGACUCUUACGAGAACGAUAAAUUCACCUUAACAAACUACAUAAAAAGAAAUCAAGUCAAAUUUCAAACUAGUCACAAUUAAACUACUAGAUAAUUCAUCAUUUGAAGUUAUUCAAGUUAAAAGUUCUGAUCAACAUGAACGUGUUACUUAUAAUUACUUUCAUCUCAGCGAUUGGAGCCGCUUCAAUUGGAAAUGCCCAACAACAAAUUAGUCAUGAAGGCAUAGCGUAUAUCCAAUACGCUGUAUAUCUAGUGGAGCAUCUUGAAGGCUGGGUGUUUGAUGGUUCACUUGAAUCAAAUGUUAUCCGACAAUAUGACAGGCAAUUUGCCGCUGGUUAUGCUCCAGAAUGGGAUUUUAAACUGAGCAACGAGGAGAACCUUAAAAAUUGUGCUGCCAGAACUUUCAACAAACAUUAUCUUAAUCUAAGCUGGUCAGUUUACGAAAACAUUUACGCUGGGAUUGAAAUUUUAACUCGAAUGGUUAACCUCGAAAAGGAAAAAGUAUUAGGAGCUACUAGAACUAUUAUUGAUGUGAUUAAUCUACUCGAUAUUCCAGAUCUGGAUGUUAACAAGUCACUUAAAACAAACAUCGACUCUUUCGUUGCCCACGGAGUCGCUGGUAUUGAAGCAUCUUCCGAACCAGAUUUCACAAGAUCGCCCGUUCAGGCUAUUGUUGAAGAUUUCGUUACUAGUGCUCUCAAAUUGGUCAGAUUCAAAGGAUAUUCAACAAAUGCCACUCUCCAUGCUAAUGUCAAUAAUUUACUCAAUGAACUUGAACGAAAUGUUAAAAAUGAAUCUGAUGCAAAACUGUCUGACUAAUCAACGAAAUGAUCAUUUAAACUAAUCAUAAAAUCAAUAAAUUUGUUUAAUUUUGCAAUAUCA